AUGGAUAUGCAGAAUCUCGUGAAUAAUCUGAAGAGCACUGCACUUACCGUCGGAGAAAUGCUCACUCCAGUGCUGAAACAGAGCAGAUUUCGGGAGACCGGUGUUUUGACACCAGACGAGUUUGUCAUUGCAGGUGAUCACCUCGUUCAUCAUUGUUCGAUGUGGAAGUGGUCCAAGGCUGCUGAUAGUAGCAGGAUUCACUCCUACCUUCCUGAAGACAAGCAGUUUCUUAUAGUGCGGAACGUUCCUUGUCAUAAAAGAUGUCGCCAGAUGGAAUAUGAUCCCAGUCAAGAGAAAAUUUUAUCAUCGGAAGAGGUCGGUGCCGAAGAUGGAUUUGCUGGUGACGAAGAUAGUGGCUGGGUUGACACUCACUACUUCGCCCACGAAAUGAACGAGCAGUUGAAAAGUGUCGAUUUACUAGUUGCUGGAUCGGAGCUAGCAGGUGGUGAAGGUGAUGAUGAGAAUGAAACAGCUAUGGAUCUUGAUGACCUUGUUGAAUCUGGUGGAUUGGAAGAUAUCGACCCAAACAGAUAUAUUAUUCCGAGAUCAACAGGACUGGCUGAAGUGGAAAGACCUCGGACAUACGACCUACAUAUUACAUACGACAAGUAUUACCAGGUACCUAGGUUAUUCCUUAUGGGUUAUGAUGAAAAUCGUAAACCUUUGACUGUUCAGCAGACAUAUGAAGACUUUUCAGCUGAUCAUGCCAAUAAAACGAUUACUGUCGAAGCUCAUCCUCACAUUAACUGUGAUAUGCCUACAGUGCACCCGUGCCGCCAUGCCGAAGUAAUGAUGAAGCGACUGUUGGAUCAGUUAGAAGAUAAUGGUAAAGAACUGGGCGUGCACGAAUAUCUUCUCAUUUUUCUCAAAUUUGUGCAGGUUAUCUUUCCUUUUUCUUUUUUUUCUUUGCAUUGUAGCCCUGAGUUCUUCACAGAGUGA